CUCCUUGCUUCACGCCGUAUUGUUAGUCUUAUCACUCUCAAAGGCUCCACGAUUAGUUAACCUUCCUCUCAAUCAAGAAGCCAGAUCUCCGAUAUCCAUACUAUUAUUCUGUCAAUUGUUUUCAGAUAUCCCAAGCUUGACAAUAGCUAUUCCAUCCUCAAGUUCUUCUCUUCACUAGACGCAAAAAUGCCAGACACACCAGAAUGGAUAGCCUCACACAAGCAGUGGGAUGAGAAAACCGCCGAUAACCUCACCGCACUUCUCCAAAAUGAUACAAAAGUAAAGCUGGCUGGUAUCGAUGUCGAUGGAAUACUUCGAGGGAAGCUUGUCUCCAAAAAGAAGUUCCUUGGGAUCGCGAAGGAGGGCUUUGGUUUCUGUUCGGUCAUUUUUGGUUGGGAUAUGCAUGAUCAGACUUAUUUCAAAGAAUUGAAAAUUAGUAAUGCUGAGAAUGGCUAUCAUGAUAUUAUUGCGGUUCCAGAUUUGACUAGCUUUAGAAGGAUACCAUGGGAAGAUAAUGUGCCUUUCUUUUUGGUUAGCUUUUAUGAUCCAGAUACGGGAAAUCCGGUGUCUGCAUGCCCGAGAGGAUUAUUGAAGACGGCAGUGGAAAAGUUACAGGCCAAUGGAUUAGGUGCAAUGGCUGGAGGUACGGGUAAUUCUACGUCCGCAUAUUGGCUACAACUAACAAUACGUAGCUGAGUACGAAUUCUUUCAAUUUAAAGCACCGCCGAGCAAUCCUCACGCACCAAUUUCGGAACGAAAUACCUCUUCUACAGCGACCUUCCUACGAGAAAAUCCAGUCGAUUCAUUACCCUCCUUGACCGAAGGAAUGUUCGGAUAUAGUUUAACUAGGCCAGUUCAUAACCAAGAAUAUUAUUAUGGCAUAUAUGAUGCAUGCGAACAAUUCAACUGUGGAAUAGAAGGAUGGCACACAGAGAGUGGACCUGGUGUGUUUGAGGCUGCUUUGGCAUUUGGUGAAAUUCAACAAAUGGCAGAUAAAGCAAGCUUGUUCAAGUGAGUUUGAGGUCCUACUAUCAUGAUGGGGACGAAACACUAAUUCUUGCAGGUAUGUUGUAAAAUCAGUAGCAACAAAAUAUGGCAUUACUCCAUCCUUUAUGGCAAAACCACGACAAGGUUUACCUGGAAAUAGUGGACACAUGCACGUUUCAAUCGUUGAUAAAGACGGCAAGAAUCUCUUCUUCCGAGAAACCAAAGACACAGAGGCAAAAUGGAAAGAUAUUGAGAACCUGUCAGACAUGGGUCGUCAUUUCCUUGCGGGAAUAUUGGAAGGGCUUCCAUAUGUUAUGCCACUACUUGCACCAAACGUCAACUCUUACAAACGUUUGGUAGAGAACUUUUGGGCUCCCGUAACAGUAUCAUGGGGUCUUGAACACCGUGCAGCUUCUGUUCGUUUGAUUGCACCUCCAACCUCUAAACCAGGCGCCACACGUUUCGAAAUUAGAGUACCUGGUGCCGACACAAAUCCAUUCUACGUACUAGCAGCCAUCUUAGCGUUAGGAUGGAGAGGAGUAGAAAAGAAAUUGGAAAUUAAACAACCACCUUUAGGAAAAGGUCAAGAUGUAGGAGGAAAAGCGGAUCCAGGGGUAAGAUUAGCGAAGAAUUUAAGAGAAGCUACAGAAAAAUUUAUGGAGAAGGAUAGUAUUGCGAGAGAGGUAUUUGGAGAUGAAUUUGUGGAACAUUAUGGUGGAACUAGGGAACAUGAAAUUAGAUUAUGGGAUGAGGCUGUUACGGAUUGGGAAGUUAGAAGAUAUAUUGAAUCUGUAUAAUGAAUUUUGGAUAGAUCUAGAUAUUUCAAUAUAGAAUAACUAUAUAACCUCAAGCCUCAGGGUUUAUUUCAUUUAUUG